UCGCCGGGAAACAUUCUCUUUCAAUUCAUACAUUUCGUGCAUUUCUUUAAACAUGAAGUUGUUUGUCCUUUUUAUGGGUCUAUGUCUCUCUGUUGCGGUUUUGUGCAGCGCACCCUAUCAGGUCGAAGUUGGGUUGACCAAUUCACGUCACAUUGGCGACUUGUUAGCAUCGAGUAAUAACCAGACAUCAAUUCGAACGAAGAGGGGUCGUGUUCGUGUUCGUGAAGUGCUUGCGAGGUUAAAUGGACGUGUGAAUAGUUUUUAUGCGGCAUUCAACGAUAAGAGUAAAUUGUGCCACCGUGAACCGAAUCGCCCCAGAAGACAGAGAAAUCCCAAUAAUUUUAUUUGCCCCCCUCCUGUAACUACCACCCCCGCGCAAAACUUUUACAAUUAUAUAGAACUCAUAGCUGCCGAUCUACGCAAUAGUGCAGAAACCAUUACCACUGACGUGUCGAAUGAUAAUAGACACGCAGUUAAUCAUUUUACCACGAUUACAGCUCCGGCCAACCAAAAUCACGCACAACCCAUUGACUUAACCGUCACGAUGCAAGCUACUCUCACGUAUGAUAUCGCGGCACAAAACCGUCGAGCACCAAUUCAUUAUUCGAUAGCAGAGCGUAUGCAACAAAUGGAUUGGUACCGCGGAGGUAAUCGAAAUACCAAUGACGAACAAGGUCAUCUUUUGGCGGAUUCUCUUGGGGGGCCUAGUUUCGCAUGGAAUUUCGUUCCACAGAGUCCAUCAGUGAAUCGUGCGGUGUCAAUUGCAGGUGAUUUUAAUGUUGUUUAUUGUUGGUUUGACCUCGAAGCCGAGAUCCGAGAUAUUCUCCGAGAAAAUCAGGACCAUUACAUCACUUGGACGAUCUUAAUUAGUUAUGGGGGGCUACCAACUUCCCGCCGCCCGACAGCUUUUUUGAUUUCGGUACGAUUAAUGACUUCCAACCAUCAGUUCGUAUACUAUCGCACUUUUAUGAUUCCGAACGUACCUUCGGAUGCCUGUACUAAUACCAAUCAUGCAUACUGGCAAAAUGGAAUAUAA